AAGUGUGGCACAGCGAGGGCGGAAGUGUGGCACAGCGAGGGCGGAAAUAAAGGAGGAAGAAGGUGGUUUGGUGUGUGACAGCUGUUAGAAGCAGUGCAGUAUCCUGGUGAUGAUGACGGUGAACCUUGUAGUGGAGUAUUGUGAGCCUUGUGGGUUUAAAUCCCAUUAUGAGGAGCUGGCUAGUGCGGUUCGGGAGGUGUUCCCUGAUGUGUCCAUUGAGUCUCGCCCUGGUGGAACAGGAGCCUUUGAAAUUGAAAUAAACGGACAACGUGUCUUCUCCAAGCUGGCACUUGGUGGUUUCCCUUAUGAAAAAGAUUUGAUGGAAGCAAUUCGGAAAGCAAGCAGAGGAGAACCUGUGGAAGAAAUCACUAACAGUAGAGCACCCUGCGUCAUCUUGUAACAUCAACUCUUUCCCCUGGGUCUGGCUAUGACAUCACGUUACUUAGCCUUUCCUCUUGAUGCCUAGAAUUUUUUGUGCUUUCAACAGAACUGUCAAGCCAUCAAAUGGUUGGUGUCAUAACUGAUCACAUAUGCAUCCAUGGCAACUAUAGAUCAAACGGAGGCCAAGAUGGCAGCUUCCUUGGCUGCCAAGGAUAGGAGGGUUCCACUUUAACCACUUCCAUACCAUGCAAAUUUU